UUGUCUUUUAUAGGUCACUGGUGAUGCAGUGUCAAGAGUUCUGGUUUGGCUUGAAAAUCUAAUGAAGAAUGUUGUAUGCUGAGCAAGAGACUGUGCCUGAAAGUGACAGAGUGCUGUAUCCUUGGAGCUGAGCGUACGCCUCUGCUGAUGGGUGGAACCUCAUGCUGAGAUUUGUUUACUCCAUUCCAGAUCCAUCAUGGAUGAAUGUCUCUUCAGUCCUGAUCAGCUGGAUGGGGCCACAGACAAUGCCCUGAGCUGUAACCAGUGCCCCAGCUCCUUUGCAAGCUUGUCAGAGUUGGAAAGCCACCUGGAAAAUCACAAGGAAGAAAGGCCUUUUAAAUGCAAUCAGUGUGAUCGGAGUUACAGGCACGCUGGCAGCCUGGUCAAUCAUAAAAAGACUCACCAAGUAGGACUCUAUUCUUGCCUCAUCUGCCAGAAAGAGUAUUCCAACCCUAUGGGCUUAAAAAAUCACCUGCGAACUCACUCGGAGGACAAGCGUUUUAAAUGUGAGGAAUGCGGAGAAUGUUUCCGAAUGUCACGGCAGCUUUCCAACCACCGAAAGGCUACUCAUGGCUAUUACGCUGGAACUAAUGAUGGAGAUAUUCCAGGUAGCCAAGAGGGCUUUGAGAUGCCUCCUCCUGUCCUGGUGGAGAAUAGCAAUUUAAUGAGCAAUCUGGAGAACUACAUUGCUGAGUCAAUGGUUCCAAAUGACUUCUCUCAGCUGGUCCCAAAGUAUUAUGCAGAAGAAAAAACACAAGAGGUUGCAGAAGAAAGUCAAGAGGUAAAACAAGAGUCUGCAGCAGAGGACAAGGAAGGUCAGAUGGUUGAUGGUAGCCUUGACCAACGUCGGUACAAGUGUAAACAGUGUGGAAAAGCCUAUAAACAUGCAGGAAGCUUGGCUAACCACAGACAGAGCCAUACAGUGGGGGUCUACCAAUGUGCCAUUUGCUACAAGGAGUUCUCAAAUCUCAUGGCCAUGAAAAACCAUUGCCGACUCCAUACAAAUUCCAGAGCUCAGAAGAAUUGCAGAUCUCCUUAUUUCUCCACAAAACUGUCCAGCCUCUCUGACGAUAACCCUGACAAACCACACCAAACUGCCUUGCUCUUCAGUGACCCUAUGGAGAAACAUGAAGAUCAACACUGUUUCUUGGAGGCCUCGGAGAGCAGUCAUUCUGAGGAAGAGACCAGGAUGACUUCCCCUCACAAAUCUCAAUCUGACUGUUUAAGCCCAUCUGCACAGACUGUAAAAGAUGAGGCAGACACUGCCUUAAGACUGGAUUCCCUUUUUCAGACAUGUAAAGCAGCUAAUGUUGUGCAAGAUGAAGCAUCUCCACAGGUUCAGGAAACCCCACUCAGCCUUGAUGUUGAACAGAGAUUGACAGCCCCACCAGGACUUGAAGCUACAGAUGAUGAAGAAUUAAAACCCGGAGAGAGUUCAGAAGAACGUCCAUUUAUGUGCCAAGAGUGUGGUAGAACUUAUAGACAUGCCGGAAGCCUCAUCAACCACAAAAAAACUCACCAGACAGGGAUAUAUAGCUGUUCCAUCUGUGCAAAGCAAUUGUUUAACAUGGCAGCACUGAAAAAUCAUCUGAGAGCCCACUUUAAAUCCAGAGCCGGGAGGAAACUGGAGGACACCUAUUUCCAUUCUGCCAGCUUCUCUGAUGAACUGUUUCAAAGCACGGAGGACUCCUAUCAAUGUGGAAUCUGUCACAAAGUAUUAACAUGUGAAAUGGAUUAUCUGCAGCAUCAAGCCCUGCACAAAGAUGAAAAGGUGAUGGAAAUCGGCUGUGACAAUCUUGCUGCAAAAGAGGAGCCAAGUCCGGAUAUUUGUUGGGGAGAAAAUCCCCAAGGGUCACAAGGCAGCAGUGAUGACUCUGCUUACUCCAGCGUCCCUGGGAUACCUGAAGCAAUAAAGAGGGAGGUCGAGAAUCUUGCACUUCAACCCUCACUGCAACCUUGGGCUCAGGAGGAAUCACUAGAGAUCACUAAGGUUGACAAAAAAAGAGAAGACCCUGGCACCAGUUUCCAAAAUCCAAUAAUGAGUAUUGACCAAUCUCCAGCAAACAAAAUUGUUCCAGAGCAGGCAGACCUUCCUGAAUUAGAAGAACACAGCCAAUAUUUGGAUGAUCGUCCUUUUAAAUGUGAGGCUUGUGGUAGGACAUAUAGACACAAGAGUAGCCUGCUGAAUCACAAGCUGACACACAAGACAGGGAUAUAUCAGUGUUCUCUCUGCCCAAAGCAAUACUCUAACCUUAUGGCAUUGAGAAACCAUCUCCGAUUUCAUUCCAGAAUACAUGCAGGUAGAAGAAACAUAUCCAAGAGAAGUCGUCAGCUGCUCUGCGGCAAGCCCAAGUUAUUACCGUACAGGACAGGUAUGUUCCGUGGGGCUUUGCAGAAGCUGAACCUAAACCAUGUGUCUUCUGAAAUGCCACUAAUGGCUAAUGUGGAUCCAGUUAUUGAGGGCUCAGAAACUGAAGAUACCCUUACCCAGGUAUGUGAAAAAAAAACCCUCUCCAGCACAGAGGAGAUGGCCUGUACAGUGAAGAAUGAGCCUUGUGCACUAACAGAGUCUGAAAGUGGCACCAGUAGCAAUAAAGAGUCUCAAGGCACAGGUUCUGAGCUAGUAGAACACACAGGAAAGAAAGUGUAUGAAUGUGACCUUUGUGAUAAAACCUACAGGCAUUCAGGAAGUCUUAUAAACCACAAGCGAACCCACCAGACUGGAGACUACACAUGUUCUGUGUGCUCCAAGCAUGUACGUAACUUGGCUGCCUUAAAAAAUCACCUUCGAAUCCACCAUAAAGUCAGGAGGGAGAAGUCUGAUGGAAAUGAUAAUUCUGGCUAUCUGUACAGCAAUAUGUAUUUUUCCCAGGACAACAAAAGGAUAUUUGGGUGCCCAAGUUGUGAAGAAAUAUUCCCAAGUGAAGAGCAUCUACUGGCUCAUCAAGAUACACACAUGGAAGUAGGAGUUCCUCCAUGGGGCCACCUGGCAGACGUUUCGGGGCUAGAUGACCCUCAGCCAGAGAUACCCCAGCAGCCAGGUAUGGGUGACUAUGAUGACUGGGAAAGCUCCAGUCAAUCCGAAGAUUGUCAUAAAAAUCAAAACGAUCUUGAGAACAGUUUUAAUUGCUCAGAAGAAGACAAAACUCUUACUUACCCAUGUGAAGAGUGUGGGGAAGUGUGUAGUAGUAUAGAAGACCUAAAUACCCAUAAGCACACCCAUCAGAUUGGCAUUUACCAGUGUUCAUUCUGCCCUAAAGAAUAUCCCAACCUCUUGGCUUUGAGAAAUCAUUUCCAGACCCACACCAAAUCACAAAUUCUUCGAACCAACAGCAGGGAAAUUCUAAAUGGGUCAGAUAACAAAGACUUUGUAGAGACCCAUUCAUCCAUAGAUCACCGUUAUGACUGUGGCCAUUGUGGAAUGAUCUUCUCUGAUGAAGCAGACUUUCAUCAGCAUCAAGUGGCUCAUGAAAAUCAGGCAAUGAGUGAAUCGCCUCAUGGCCUACCCACUACUGAGAAUGCUCCUGGCUACCCCUUCACUAUGCAUUCUUCAGAGAGAGAGCUAUUGAGAAGAAUAAAAAAUGAGAUGGAGGAGGGGGAUUCCAGGGAGGUGGCCUAUGGAACAUCUCAACUAUCCCAUAUCUGUGGGUUCUGCGGGAAGACUUAUGAUGACCUGGAGAGCUUGGAGGCACAUGGACUGACUCAUAGUAAUGAAGACAUUUCCUCUGCAGAAGAAAGCGUUCUUAAUCCUGAAGUUGCUGAGUUUCCAAGUCCAGAAAUUCAACAAAGUCAAGAAAUAAAAGAGGAAGAAGGUGACCACAUCAUAGCUUCUGAAGAUCCUCCUACGGGUGGAGCGAGUCCAGAGGAUCGUCCAUAUACUUGUGACCAAUGUGGAAAGACAUAUCGGCAUGGUGGUAGCCUUGUAAAUCAUAAAAAGACUCACUUGGUGGGUAAUUUUCAGUGCUUGGCAUGUUUAAGACAUUAUCCUAAUCUGGCUGCUUUUCGCAACCAUUUGCGCCAUCAUCCAAAGUGUAAGCAGCAUGCUGCCAUUGGCAAUCCAAGUGAUCUAGACAACCUAAACCCAAAUGACCCACUCAACCUAAAUCCAACUGACCCUAAAUGCCUUGGUGAAAAUCCAGAGAACUGCCAUCCUGCUGUUGAUGAUUCUCAGUCAAAUCUCUCUGAGUCUCGAGCUGUGUAUGAUGCAUCCGAACCAAGUAUGCCCUGCACAUCUAAUGACAAUUCCAGUAAUAAUUAUAACCCUUCACAACUUCACACACAGUCCCUCACCAACAAUUUUAAAUUGCCAAGUAAACGUCUUGCUGGAGGAAAGUCUCUAUGGAAAGCUAUGAAGAAACGCCGGAUGCUGAUCAACCACUGCACUGAUGACCUAGCUCGAAGCAUAUCCACCAGUAGUCCCCGGCCUGCUUUGGAUACAGAUGAUAAAUCUGUUCAGGUCUGUGAAUUGUGCGGCAAAUUGUGCAUUGGUGUUGAUGAACUGGUAAUGCAUCUCUCUGGCAACUGUGAUGGCAACAGGCACCUAGAGACAGCCAUUAUUUCCUCUGGAUCUACUACAGAUAUUAAAGCCGAUACACCUAUACCUCUGAGUAUUUCAAACUCAACAGGAGAAUACAGUUUCCAUCAACGUCCGUUCCGUUGUGAUGUGUGCGGGCGGAGUUACAGGCAUGCAGGUAGCCUUAUUAAUCACAAGCAAAGUCAUAAAACAGGCGUUUUCCGAUGUGCCAUUUGUCAAAAGCGUUUCUUUAAUCUUAUGGCAAUGAAGAACCAUAACCGUAUUCAUUUUGAAUUAAAGAGGCACAAGUGUCUGGAAUGCGGCAAAGCUUUUCGUCUCCAUAAGCAGUUAGACACUCAUCAAAGAAUACACCGUGACAGGGCUGCCGAGAAGAAGCCAGGCAGGCGCAAACGUAGGGGCACAAAAUCACGCAAGCUCAAUGCUCUGCUACAGCAACAGAAGUCCUCUUUCCUGAAGAAUCGUACCAUAUCUCCAGACAAAAAGGAAACGUUUAGUCCUUGUGAGGGUGCAAGAGAAUUGAAUGAGUUAAGUAGUGCUCCAGAACAAAGUGUUUUAAAGAAGGACCUGAAUCAGGAAGCUCGGCCCUACCAAUGUGAACAAUGUGGGAGAUCAUACCGCCACGCAGGAAGCCUUGUUAAUCACAAGAAAAGUCACACUAUAGGUCAGUAUUCCUGUACAGUUUGUGAUAAAACCUACUCCAACCUCAUGGCCAUGAAAAAUCAUCAGCGUACACACUACGAAGCAAAGAGGCACCACUGCUCUGAAUGUGGAAGGUCCUUCAGGUGGAAGAGGCAGCUAAGCAGACACCAACUUGCACAUGCCCAAGAGAUAAGCCAGCUUAGUUCCAAGGUUAUUGAAGGGUCUCCACCUCUGUCAGAAACUGUUCCUGACCAGCCCUCCAAGCUAGAAUUCUCUAAGACAUCAUUGAGUCACAGAGAGUCUCGUAAAAGACUCCAGAACUGUAGUAGCGGCAUAUCCGAAAAUGAAAACACAGCCAUUCCUUCAAAUCUGAGCCCCUCGUCACCAUUAAAGCCAGUUUGUCAAGACUGUGGUAUCUUAUUUGUUAGUUAUGAUGAACUUGAAAAUCACAUGUGCAGCGAAAGCAAUGCUGUAAAUGCUAGUUAUGGGUCAAGCCUUGACUUUCACCAAAACUGUGACACAUCUACCCUACAUUCUACAAAUCAGAUAGCGGAUCGACCAUACCAGUGCAAUUUAUGUGGUAGAACCUACAGACAUGCUGGAAGCCUGCUCAAUCACAAGAACACUCACAAGACUGGAGUUUACAAGUGCUCUAUCUGCCUCAAACAGUUUUUCAACCCCAUGGCAAUCAAGAACCACCUUCGCACUCACACAGCAGAGAAACGUUUCCAGUGUCUUGAGUGUGGCAAAGCAUUUCGCUCUUCUCGGGAGCUAAUUUGCCACCAUAGGGUUCACACUGGUGAGAGACCCUUCCAUUGUCCAAUUUGCAAUCGUGGGUUUAGCAGUAAGUUGACCCUCCGACAUCACCAACGAACUCAUAAAGAACUGCCCUCUUUUUCUACUUUACCACAGUCUUCCUCAUUAGUUUUGCCAACUGACGUGGGCACAUUAAAUACUGAAGAUGACCCACCAGUGUCCGGUGAAGAAAUUCCUAAUCAUACUACCCCCAUUGUACAGGAAGAACGUAAAUACAAGUGCAACCAGUGUGACAGGUCUUACCGCCAUGCUGGCAGUCUUCUCAAUCACCGGAAGACGCACAGCACAGGGGUCUACCAGUGUCCUGACUGCCACAAAAAAUUCUAUAACCUCCUAGCCCUCAAGAACCAUCUCCGUAUUCACAGAUACCCCUGCCCAGACUGUGGCAAAGCUUUCCGUAUUGCCAGCCACUUGGCUACUCAUCGUAAGGUCCAUGAACAGGGAGGUCCUUUUACUUGUCAACUUUGCAGCAAGCGCUUUUUCUGUCGAUCUACUUUUGAGCAACAUCAACUGACUCAUGGGGACCAGGAAGCUGAUGUUCACGAAACCCAGGCUGUUGGAAAUUUUAUGGUGGAAGUGACAUAACUCAUGAAUGGACAGCCCCCUUACUUUUUUUUAAAAAAACUCUUUUUGUGGGGGUGUUUAUUUUAUUUGUAAUUUUUUUUUGUGCCAUAAAAACGCUAAAAGUUGUCUUCAUGUAGAUAAUAGUUGAUCACUUUUCACAGUUGGAUGAAGAAUGGAAGGAGUGGUACAGUUUUUAAUUUUCUCCCCUCCGCUUUGAAUUGCCUUUUAACCCUUCUUUACCAGAUGCACUUCUGUGGAUAUCAAUGGUGCUUUAACAGACCUUAGGACACAGAAUUUUACCAGUUACCCAAUCCUCUUUAGGUUGAGUAUUUUGGAUACUCUCUCUCUGCCUACAGGGAUGUGACAAGGAGCUGAAUAAAUAAUGAACUGCUUGGGACUAAAGUCCAUUAGAUGUUUUUGGGAGGGAAAAUUUGGGGCUGCACAUUUGCUUGAAACGGGUUUACUUUCCCACUCUGGAAGUAUGUUAUUUUAACUCAUUCCCUCCCGGCCAUAGCCUGCAGCACUGUGCAGCAAAAAGGUUAAUAAUUUAUAUUGUACAGGGUUCUGGGAACCUGCAAAACUCACAUUGUGGGAUGGGAAAUACGCAGAUAAAUUAAUUUGGAAAUGUC